AUGAUGUUGCGAUCCAUCGAAAGGUUUACUUUUAGUAGGUUUGUAAGACCUAAGCCGUUUCAACGAACUAGAACGGCUAAGCUGAGCACAUAUUAUAGACCUAUCAAUAACAACCUGCCUAUAAAGAAGUCAAAUAAAUUGCUAAUAACAGCCAGUGGUUUAUCUGCAAUUGCAUUAGGGCUAUGGUAUUUCUAUUGGCCUCACCAUAAGUUUCCAUCACCAGUUGCCAAAUUACUUCGUAAAGCUCUUUGGGAAGAAAGUGAUAGGAAAGGUAAUGACUACCACUCUGCUUUAAAGUAUUAUAUUGAUGCACUAGAGAAAUGUGAUGAACUUCAAAUGGAACCAAUCUCCGAUGAGUACACGGGUAUUCAAAUUAAGAUUGCUGAGAUGUAUGAGAAAAUGAAUAUGCACCAGGAAGCUUACACAAUUUACCUCGAAAUGUUGCACCGGUAUUACGAGGCCUUGAUGACUGAAGGUAAAAUUACUAAAGCAAUGAGGCCUCAUUUUAUCCAAAAAGAUCUAAGGGCGUUAAUUAAAGCUCUUGAAAUGAAUCAGAAUGUAGCUCAGGGGAAGAAACUGUUACUAAUGCACUUGUUGCUCGCCCAAGAGGAGAUUUUAUUGAGGUCUCCAGAGUUAAAGAAGUUCUUCGCUCGAAGAAAGGAGGAGGCAGCUACUGUUAAGGACAAAGAGCAGUUACAGCAAAUGCGGUACAAGAACUUUAAAUCGCAUGUAAAUGGGGAAAAUAUAAAGCUGGAUGAGAAUGGUAACAUGAUUUUGGACCUGCAGAAAGACAGUAGUGCAUGGCAUCCAUUUAAAGAAGAAUUCUUUACUGCCAGAGACUUGUAUACGGUGUAUUGUCUAUCCACAAACGAUCUUCCUUCGGCUUUGAGUUCCAAACUAACUACAGUAGAGUGGAUGGUAAUGGCAGAUAUGCCUCCAGGCCAAAUUUUACUUUCGCAAGCAAACUUGGGCUCAUUGUUAUACCUUGAGGCUGAGAGAACAGAGGCUAUUCUGUACAAAAUGGAAGAGGAAUUUAAAGGUAAAGAAAAGUCAAACAAGGAUAUUCAACUAUUAAGAACGCUACACAGUAAACGUAGCGCUUUAAUGGACAUGGCUACAACCUCUUACCAGAGUAUUAUUACCUUCGCGAAGAAAAACAAGAAGUUAAGGUUCCAUGCCAAAGAAAUGAUGGAUUCCUCCGCAUCUCAGGCGGUUGCUUUAUCCACAUAUGGACUAGGAGUUAUAAAUCUACACCAAGGGCAGCUUUCAGUAUCAGAGAAACUUCUUUUGGACGCGAUAGCAUUAGCUAAAGAUACUGAUUUCCAUGACUUAACGAAGGAAGCAAACCAAGAGUUGAAUAAGUUAAAGCGAGCUAAAGAGGCUAAAGCUAAAGAAUCAAAUCGUAAAGGAGUCACUGAUAACAUCUAA